CUAAAAACCCCUCAGACCCUAAAAAACAAAACAGCAACAACAAUUUAGUCCCUCGUUUAUCUGAUCUAGAUGUGCUAAAGUCUUAUCUAGAGUCUUAUCUCGAAGUGAAAAAUUAAAUACGGGAUAUACAUCCCCAUAAACAAUAUAUUCCUCAACAAAGAUCCUCAAAAAUUCUAUAAUCAACCUCUGUACGCGAUUUUUAUGCUCCCCGGACGAUUCAUUGUCAUAAAAUUAGAGAACAAAUUGUCGUUGGACCACAAUCAUGGAGACGUUCCCAGCGCCUCGAUUUGAGACCAAAAUCGAGACUUUCGAACCCUGCAUCGUCGCUCCAGCGAAUCAUCGUCAAAUAACACCGAAUGUCGUGGAACAGGCGGCGAUCAUUCAUAUUGAGGAUAAUCAUGGCAAUGAUGAACAAGCCGAUGGACAAAAUGAGGGAGACUCCCACAUUCAAGUGUCGGAACUUCAGUCCAAUAUACAGCAGAACAUGACGCUAACACCUGUCAGAUUACCAGCAAUUCUAGAUGGUGAAUACUUCUCUGUUAUUCGUAUCGACGAUAGUAAUGUCACAGUUAGGUGCCUCCAGUGCCAGAAAUUGUUAAAUGGAAACCUGAAGUCCACGGGGAAUUUCUUGAGCCAUAUCAAAAGAGUACAUCCAAUCCUCAUCGAGAAGAUCAAGACGAAGUCACAUCAGAGGAAGCCAGCAGUCGCAUACAUUGAUACGACGGCGGAAAAAUCUGAAGUUCCAAAAACCAAGAAGGGAUACAGAAAAUGUUACAGAACGGUAGACCAUAAUUAUUCACAAGACGAGAGUCCAAGCAAUGCUGAUGAUAACUGUGAACAGUCUUCCACGAAUUGGCCAGAAACCCCUCCAAUCAUAAAAAAGAGAAGAACAGACGAACCAGAGCAUCAAGAAGUAGCUAGGCCCUCUCAAGUCAACACUUAUGGAGUAGAAGACGAGUUCGACGCGAUUGGACGUAACGUAGCAGCAAAACUACGAAACAUGCGCCUCGACCAGAGGAUAGUGGCUGAGAAACUCCUCAACGACGUCCUCUUUGAGGCACAACUCGGUACUCUCCAUCGAGAGGCAGCUCUCCACGUAUAAAAUCCUCGGAUUAAGCAAAGUAACACAUUUUGGUAUACUUCAACACCUCCACAGCAUUUUCUUGGCAAAAUCGCUUAAUGAAAUUGAAUUCUAGGAUUAUCGAUCGACUAUUCUUCUUUAAAGUAGCUCUACCCUUCCGGUAAAUUCAAAGAUUAUU